AUGGCUUCCGUCGGUCAGUCGACCGGAUUCGGCGGAUUCGCUGGCGUCAUCACCGGCAGGCAUAUCACCACAUAUUCCACUGGGGGCACCAUGAGGCGCCGACCACCCGCCAUCACUUUUUUUUUAAUACCGCUACUGUUGGUGUUGCCACACAUCGUGAGACCACUCGCUGCAAAGAAAAGCAUAAAAGUAAAGGUUUAUAAUUUGCUUUUCACUAACCGAGCGCCGCGCCGGUCAAUUGAGACUAUGGGGGCCGGCCUGAACGCAUCGUUUGCUGCUCGUCACUGGGCCACUGCGGAGAACGUCACCGUGGAGAUCAUUCCGCCACCUUCCCGUUCGGUUUCCACAUUGAAGUUACUGGAAGCCGCCGCCGAUCAGAAUAAAGGUGAAUUUUUCGUUGUAGUUGGGCCAAUGGGCGAUACUCGAACGUUGGCAGUGCUUCCACUGCUGCGGCGGGAGGACUUGGUUGCAUUUGCGCCUCUUACCGGAUCGAGUGCUGUUCGCGGGUGGGACCCUCACUUCUAUUUUUUAACCCCCGCGCCCAACGCUGAGCUCAUCGCCCUCCUCCGGUACGCGAUAAACCGCCUUCGUUUGCUUCGGGUUGGAUUUAUGUACCUUCAGGGUGUGCACUUCGGUGACAGGGAAUAUCAAGAGACCCUGAAGCUCAUGACCCGUAUGGGCAGAAGGUUGUGCGGGGUUUUUACCAAGAUGCAUGCAGCCACCGUAAUGAGAGCCGAUGAAGAGUUUGAUUCGCUCUGGGAGGAAUUUGUGAUGACGCAUCCGCAGGGGGUCAUCGUGUUCACUCCCCCGAUCCGUGAGGCGUUGAAGUUUGUAAGGAGGGUUGCGAUGGAUGCCCGCACGCGUGGUGUGUACGUGUUGGCUCCUUCGGCGAUGCAAUUCGUUAUCGGUGCAACCUGGCGCACUGCAGUGGAAGAAGCUGCGGUCCCAUAUAUUCCCGAUAGGGUUAUUGUGGCUGCGCCGAACCCGCUUGCAAGCGAAACGAAAUACCACGCGGUACGGCGCUUCCAGGAGGAUGCGAGGUCAUACCUGCGUUAUCAUCCUGGCGUAACCGCGUUCAAUGCUUCGGACGAUUUUGAUCACGAUGAUGCGGAUGGAGCGCUUAUGGUUUCUGGAUGGGUUAUAGGGGAGGUGCUAUCGCAAGCGCUGAGUAGCCGUACGUGGUUGGAAAGUAGGGAGGCGUUCAUUAAGUCAUUGUACAACCAGCGUCGGUACGUUGUCGAUGAUCUCGUGUUUGGUAACUUCGGUGGUGAGUGCCAUGGUAUGGCGGGAGAGCGGGGUGCGUCGUGUUUAUGUAACCAAGGUGGAAAUGUUGUUUACAUGAAUUCUUUAGGUGAUGACCAUCGGAUGAUUCCACUAAGGGACGGCAUAACAGUAUUCAACAUUGACCAAUGUUCAACCAGUGGCGUGAAGAUGCCCACCCCCCUCAUUGUCGUAGUUGUACUUGUGGUAGAUGAUUCCGCCGCCGUAAGUGCAUUUUUUUCAUUGGUUAU